AUGGUACCAUUUUGGCAAGGCAUGAGCUACUUGGUCGACUGCUACGGUUUUUAUCCAAAUAGUGCAAUUUCAGUGAACACCUUUAUUCGAUCACUUGUGGAGGCGCUCUUCCCGCUCUUCACACGUACAAUGUACGAUAAUCUGGGAGUAGCGUGGGCGACAAGUCUGCUGGGAUUCUUAUGCGUUGGGUUUUGCCAGUACCAGUGA